AUGAGCUCCUCUGCAAACUGUCUCGCCGGCUGUAGGGCGGCCUUUCGUCCGCCGCGGGGCACUGGCUUCCUGGCUGCCUUGAAGCCAGCAGUUGCAAACACCUCGUCCGUGUUUCGACGUGAAGACCGCUCCAAGCACACCAAGAUCCAAGCUGGGGCUGCUGGCGUACGGAGCCUUAGCCGUCCGCUCCCGCUGUCCCUGCAGAAGCAUGUCUCGCAGGUCACUGCUGUUGCUCAUUAUGCAUCCCAUGCAUCGGAGCCGCACGAUGAGGAGCUGCCUAGCUCACCGCCUUUCACAGCAGGCCCCUAUGCCAAUCUGACAAUUGGUGUGCCCAAAGAAAGCUUCCCUGGUGAGAGGCGCGUCGCCAUUACCCCACAGAAUGUAAAGUUGCUCCUCAAGAAGGGCUUUUCCCGCGUCUUGAUCGAGCAGGGUGCUGGUGAAAGCGCCCACAUCUUCUCGCAAAGCGAUAUCCUCCUCAAGGUUCGGGCGCUCAGCAUCGAGGGUAGCGACAGCGAGGUUGAUGCUAUCCGAGAGGGGGCCACCGUCAUCUCCAUGCUCUACCCCAUGCAAAACAAGCCGACUGUUGAACGUCUCGCCUCUCGAAAAGCCACUACAUUCGCCAUGGACAUGGUUCCCCGUAUUUCUCGAGCCCAGGUCUUUGAUGCUUUGAGUUCCAUGGCAAACAUUGCUGGCUACAAGGCCGUCUUGGAAGCCUCGAACCAUUUUGGACGCUUUCUCACUGGUCAAGUCACUGCUGCUGGAAAGAUUCCCCCUUGCAAGGUCCUUGUUAUCGGCGCUGGUGUUGCGGGUUUGAGUGCUAUUGCUACUGCUCGCCGCAUGGGCGCCAUCGUCCGUGGUUUCGAUACUCGCUCUGCUGCACGUGAACAAGUCCAAUCUCUUGGUGCCGAAUUCAUUGAAGUCGACGUCAAAGAAGACGGUUCUGGUGCUGGCGGUUAUGCCAAAGUCAUGUCUAAGGAAUUCAUCGAAGCGGAAAUGAAACUCUUCUACGAACAGUGUCGCGAAGUCGAUAUUGUCAUCACCACAGCGCUGAUUCCAGGAAAGCCGGCCCCUAAACUCAUCACAAAGGCAAUGCUUGGUGCUAUGAAACCCGGUUCCGUCGUGGUUGAUUUGGCGGCUGAAGCUGGCGGCAACUGUGAAGCUACUGUUCCUGGCGAGCUGACCAAGUUUGAAGGAGUGUCUGUCAUUGGUUACACCGAUCUUCCAUCUCGCUUGCCAACCCAAUCGUCUACGCUUUACUCGAACAACGUGACCAAGUUCCUGCUUUCGCUGACUCCAAAGGAUAAAAAGGACAAGUACUUCGAUGUUGAUCUUACCGACGAAGUCACUCGCGGAGCUAUCGUCACCUACAAUGGCCAGAUCCUGCCACCUGCUCCGCGUCCUGCUCCUCCACCGGUCCAAGCCAAGCCUGCCCCAUCACCUGCCGAUCAAGCUGCAAAUGCUGUCGCCUUGACACCGUGGCAAACUCAGACAAGACAGGUGGCGACGGUGACGGCUGGUAUGACAACUGCUCUUGCCCUUGGAAAGUUUACCGGGCCAUUGUUCAUGUCCAAUGCUUUUACGUUCGCCUUGGCUAGUCUGAUUGGAUACCGCGUUGUAUGGGGAGUCGCACCAGCAUUGCACUCUCCAUUGAUGAGCGUAACGAAUGCAAUUUCUGGAAUGGUAGGUGUUGGAGGGUUGUUUGUCAUGGGCGGUGGCUACUUGCCCGAAACAAUUCCCCAAACGCUUGGAGCUCUCUCUGUCCUGCUCGCCUUUGUCAACGUAUCAGGAGGUUUCGUCAUCUCCAAAAGAAUGCUGGAUAUGUUUAGACGCCCUACCGACCCCAAAGAAUACCCCUGGCUUUACGCUAUUCCAGCGGUUUUGUUUGGCGGAGGCUAUGUAGCAGCUGCAUCAACUGGCAUGGCUGGUCUUGUACAGGCAGGCUACCUGGUGAGCAGUCUCCUCUGCAUGACUUCCCUGUCAGGACUUGCAUCACAGACCACGGCCCGUCGUGGUAACAUCCUAGGUAUACUCGGCGUAUUUUCUGGUAUCCUCGCUUCCCUGGCGGCUGUUGGAUUCACUCCCGACGUCCUCACGCAGUUUGCUGGAUUGGCUACAGUCGGUACAGUUGCUGGUCUUAUCAUCGGACGGAGGAUUACUCCAACGUCUCUUCCCCAGACAGUCGCCGCAUUGCAUUCCGUUGUCGGUCUCGCCGCAGUCCUCACCAGCAUUGGCAGCGUUCUCGAGCACACUGGCGAGAUUUCGACUCUCCACAUGGUGUCUGCUUACCUUGGUGUUCUCAUUGGUGGAGUUACAUUCACCGGGUCCAUUAUAGCCUUCCUGAAGCUGGCUGCCAAGAUGAGCUCCAAACCAUUGGCACUGCCAGGUCGGCAUUUGAUCAAUUCCUCGCUCCUUGGAGCAAACUUUGCAACCAUGGGCGCAUUUUUGGCUUACGCUCCUGGCGCGCCCAUGAUAGGUGCUGCAUGUCUUCUUGGCAAUGCUGCCCUCUCUUUCAUCAAGGGCUUCACGACGACGGCUGCUAUCGGUGGAGCUGACAUGCCUGUCGUCAUCACCGUCUUGAACGCGUAUUCUGGGUUCGCGCUCGUCGCAGAAGGCUUUAUGCUUGACAAUUCCUUGCUGACGACGAUUGGAGCCCUCAUUGGCGUCUCGGGUUCCAUUCUAUCUUACAUCAUGUGCGUGGCCAUGAAUCGGUCGCUUACAAACGUCUUGUUUGGUGGCAUAGCGCCAACGGCGCAAACUCAGACCAAGGUCGAAGGGGAGAUCACCAAGACCACGCCCGACGAAACGGCCGAUGCUCUUGUCAAUGCAGAGAGCGUCAUCAUCGUAGUGGGCUAUGGAAUGGCUGUGGCCAAGGCGCAAUAUGCACUCGCCGACUUUGUCAGCAUGCUGCGUGCAAAGGGAGUCAAUGUGCGAUUUGCUAUUCAUCCCGUUGCGGGUCGGAUGCCUGGCCAGUGCAAUGUGCUGCUGGCCGAAGCCAGCGUGCCCUACGACAUUGUCCUCGAGAUGGAAGAGAUCAAUGACGAUUUCGCGGACACGGACGUCACGCUUGUAAUCGGUGCGAACGACACGGUAAACCCCAUUGCCCUGGAGCCAGGCAGCGCGAUCGCAGGCAUGCCUGUUCUGCAUGCGUGGAAGAGUAAGCAGGUCGUCAUCAUGAAGCGCGGAAUGGCGAGUGGAUAUGCCGAUGUGCCGAAUCCCAUGUUCUUCAUGGAGAAUACAAAGAUGCUGUUUGGAGAUGCGAAUGACAGCUGCAACGCUAUCAAACGCGCGCUGGAGGAGAAGAUCAAGGGGCUGUAG